AUGAAGCUGCUGAGAGUUGGCUGGUGUGCCCUCAAGCUCCUGCUCCCUUCCCGGGGAGCUGCUAACUCCCACCGGCUCAGGACUUGCUGCACCUUCAAUGUCACAGCCUACAUGCCCGAAGCGGCGGCUUUCCCUGGGGUCAGGGAUUACACGGGGCUCCGCGAUCACUCGGUAAAACAGCCCGACAGCUUCUGGGGAGCCCUAGCCCGGGGCAGACUCUCCUGGAUCAGCCCCUUCCACACGGUCAGCGACUGCGACCUGAGCCGAGGGAUCAUCCGCUGGUUCCAGGGAGGGCGCCUCAAUGUCUCAGUGAACUGCAUAGACCGCCAUGUCCACACCUCUCCAGACAAGGUCGCUUUAAUCUGGGAGAGAGAUGAACCUGGUGCUCAAGUGAAGAUUACCUACAGGCAGCUCCUGGAGGUGACGUGUCGUCUGGCCAAUACUCUGAAAAGGCAAGGUGUCCGCAAAGGAGAUCGAGUGGUCAUCUACAUGCCAGCCUCACCAAUCGCUGUGGCAUCGAUGCUGGCCUGUGCCCGUAUUGGAGCCAUCCACACUGUGGUGUUUGCAGGAUUCAGUGCAGAGGCUUUGGCUGAUAGGAUUCGAGAUGCACAGUGUGAGAUUGUGAUCACUGCCAACCAGGCCCUGAGGGGUGGACGGGUCGUUGAGUUGAAGAAAACUGUGGAUCAAGCAGUGAAGCAGUGUCCUUCUGUCAAACGGGUGCUUGUCGCCAUGAGAACAGACAACAAGGUCCCGAUGUCGGAUAUUGAUAUCCCCCUGGAGGAGGAAGUGAUGAAAGAAGAAGCAGCCUGUGAUCCAGUUGCCAUGGAGAGUGAGGACAUGUUGUUCCUGUUGUACACAUCAGGCAGCACUGGGAAGCCAAAGGGUGUGGUACAUACGCAGGCAGGUUUCCUGCUGUAUGCAGCUCUUACACACAGGUAUGUUUUCGAUUACCACGAUGGUGAUGUGUUUGGCUGUGUUGCGGAUGUUGGUUGGAUCACUGGGCACAGCUACGUGGUGUAUGGACCUCUGUGCAAUGGAGGAACCACCGUGCUGUUUGAGAGCACUCCAGUCUACCCGAACCCAGGUCGUUACUGGGAGACAGUUGAAAGAUUAAAGAUCAACCAGUUCUAUGGGGCGCCCACUGCAAUUCGACUCCUGCUGAAGUAUGGAGAUAGCUGGGUGAAGUCACAUGACCGGUCUUCUCUGAAAACGCUGGGCACAGACCAUUUCUUCACUGGUGAUGGAGCAUACAGAUCUGAAGAGGGAUAUUACCAGAUCACAGGCAGGUUGGAUGAUGUUAUCAACAUCAGUGGCCAUAGGCUGGGCACUGCUGAAAUUGAAGGUGCAGUGAACCAACACCAAGCUGUGGCCGAAUCUGCAGCCAUUGGAUGUGCCCAUGAGGUCAAAGGGGAAGGGUCCUACGUCUUCAUUGUUCUGAAAGAUGGGAUGGUCAUUGCUGAGGACGUCUUUGAUAAGGAACUCAAAGACAUUGUGUCCCAAAAGAUAGCCAAAUACGCUGCUCCUGAUCAAAUCCAGAUUGUGCACAGUCUUCCUAAAACCCGCUCAGGAAAGAUAAUGCGUCGAGUCCUGAGGAAGAUUGCGGAAAAUAAAAUCGACGAGCUUGGUGAUCUUACUACCCUGGACGAUCACACAGCUGUGCAGGAAAUUAUUGACGGGCAUAAACAGAUCCUGAAGAAAGAAGCUAAAAAUUAACUGGGAGACAUCAUGCUGGGGAUUUUAAAUGCGCACCAGUUUUAUUUUUUGUAAAAUUAUAUUCAUGCAACAUAUUACGACCAAAACCAACUCAUUCCUGUCAGCUCUCAGUGCUAGGAUGUGUAAUCUUGAGCCCAGGAAAGAGCUCUGUUUCUUCAUAUAAUGCCCCUGCAAUUGAACAACCCAACAGUGCUCUUCUGCAUCACAGUUCACAGGGAUAUGGCAGCCACUCUGUGGCAGGAAUUAUGCUAUUCAACACUCAAGAACUAGAGGAAAGAGAGUGGAACAAACUGGGGGAAAUGUGCAAAGGCUGAUGCUUUGGGACUGUGAAUGGCUGAGGUUCACAGCUAACAUUGACAAUACAUUGUGCCCAGGUAGGGAGGAGAACCAUGAUCCACCCUGACCAUUUUGACAGCAUCUGCUAAGUAAUUCUGUCCAAACUGCAGAUAUGCUGCUUCAUCUUUGGAAGAUAUAGGGAGGAUCAGCGGCUAGAUUUUUGAAGUGGCGCCUCAUUUGGACUUUGAGAGAAAGUGACUUCAGUGCUCCUCUGUAGUCACAACAUGACCCCUCCACCCAAAGUUCUAUUUUUUCAAACCCAUUUGUUUUUGAACAAGUGAAAUUAAAGGAACUGUGUGCCAUGAUUAAAACUCAGGUACACUCCACAGAGGGCAGAGAACAUCUUAAAACUGCAAUAGGUCAGGUUCUGAUAGUUAGACCCUACUCGGGUUAAUUUGAUAUGUACAAAGUCCAAGAAUGCAGGAAUGUUUUUUCCAAAAGCAGAUCAUCAUGAAGUGUGUAUGUAAUGAUUAGAACCAAUGAAAAUUUGCAGGCUAAGUAUUGCCGUGGUUGCCUCAGUGACCUCUGGACUCAUCAUUAAGCACACAACUCCUUGACCUGUGGCCAAAACAAUUAAUCCAUUACAACAUUUUUACAGGAAGCAAAUCUCAAACGUCUCCUUGAAUAUUUGUGAAGCAUAACUUCUACUGUAGGUAGAACAUGAUGCACUUAAACUGGCUUUUAUUUUGGACAUUUGUUUUCAGCUUCAUCGACAAAGCUUUCUCUGGAGCAAACCAUGGAAUCAGGGGUCAGGGGGUGGGGACUACAGUUCAAGUCACUCUAGCCCAAGAAAGUAACUUUGUACAAACAUUCCUGUUUCCAGCAGCUCAUUAUACAUGGUACUCCUGGGAUUUUCUAAUGUGGUCUCACCUCAACUGUACUGUUGCAGAUUGGAGCAGCCGCUCCCAUCUCCCCUGAAUUUGAGCAGACUAAAUAUGAGCUUCACAAGGAGUCAUGGGUAUUGUGGGAGGUACAGGAGGAAAUAGGGAGUCAGGUAAAUGUGGUUGAGAUUACAAUUGGAUGAACCAUAAUCUUGGUGUACAGCAGAAUGGGCUUGAAGGGCCAAAUGGCCUACUUUUACUUCCAAAUCCCACGUUCCUUCCCCCCUGCCAGAUUUUCCUACAUGUGAAACCAAUUUAACCAAGACUGCCUUGCUUUAAAUUAAUUGCCUUUUUAUGUCAACUUUUUGUAAAUGCAUAAAAAAUAUUUUCAAAGAAACA